UUGUAAACAAAGUGGGGUGAACACUCGCGUCAGGGUGCUGCGGACGACUCUGUAGUCAGUGAAAACUAUCCUAUGUGACUUAUUUCGACAAGCACUUUAGCAUCACAAACACCAAAUAGCGUAAGUUUCCAGAAAGAAAUAUUGCCUACGCCACAAAUACUGCAAGAAGCCGCUGCACCAGCCUGCCGCAGCACGCCCCGCGUCCCGCCGCUGCCGUGUGCCGCGUUGCGGCGGGAGUCAUGGCCGAGGAGGAGCCGGAUUAUAUGUCCGCGGAGUUCCUGGAGCAAUGUGUUGGCAAGGACGAUGUCAGGCCUGGGCUUCUGUUUUCUCACUCAUCCAAACGGCAAGCCCAAAUGGAGAAGAAAAAAUGUGUGAGAGAUGGUACCAAUCAACAUAGGUUCAAGUCCAUCAAAAAGGUACAAGAGGAGAGACUAGAGGAAGGAUUGAGCACUGCUAUCAGUCAGAACAACAAGGGCUUCUCCAUGUUACAGAAGAUGGGAUAUAAGCCAGGCACAAGCCUUGGCAAAGAAAGUCAGGGCCGGCUGGAGCCUGUGGCAGUGGAAGUGAAGAGUGACCGCAUGGGCCUUGGCUGGCAGCAGAUGAUCACUGACCACCGCAGGAAAAUCCAAGAGAGAAAACAACAGAAGCAACAUAAACAGAAGCUGGAAACAGAUCCUGAAAAGUUUAGGGAAAGGCUCUGUAAUCAGAGGCAGGAAAAGUUUUUGCAGCGUGACCUAAUGAAGAGCCAGAGAGUCUGCCACCAGUUGGACUCAAAACAGAACCUGGAUGAACCUGUUGAGUCAUGGUUUUGGCCACCUUAUAUUCUUAAAGGUGCAGAGGAAGAGAACCAAGAAGGAGAGGAGGAAGAAGAGGAAGAAUGUGAAUUUGAGAUAGGGAUGACCAGUCCCUACGGAUCAUGGCGUCACUUCCAGCUUUGAACAGCUCCGCACUGAUGUUACAGAUGCCAGCUGCCUUUCCACUCCUCAGCUUUGCCACAGGCUCUCUGACCUUGCCAUGAGAGUGGGCUUUCGUUGAUGAGUGGAUCAGCCACCACUACCUGCAAUCCAGCAGCUUGAAACUGUUCACUUGGAGGGUCUGCCAUGUACAAGUGCUAGAAGUACUCUGCCCAUCCAUGUCCAACACAAGGCAGCCAUCUACUGUUUGGGUAGUGCUCACCUGAGAGGGAGGCACAGAGCAGACCUUCUUCAGGGCUCGGUAUGCUGGUUGGAGGUCAUUCAUAUUGAAAUGGCCCUCGACUUCAUCAGCAUAAUCUCUGACAUACCUUUACUUCUCUCUCCUCUGGAGAGCUCUAGUCCUACGGGACAGAGCCCCAGAAACCUGAGAGCGCAACUCAUCUCGGUAUUCUCCUCUGUUUCUUCAAAGCAAAACCACUCCUGAUUCAACAUAUAUUACCUGUAUAGUCCAUCAACACUAACUCUGGCUGUACGGGCAUGUGGCACACUACCUGGAAGCCGACCUGCUCAUCGGUUUGAUUCUGUAACAGACAAUCCUGAAUUGAGGAGGCCAAGGCCCAUAAAUUUCAUGCAAGUCGAUAGAUCCUGGCAGGAGAUACAGGAUGAGAAGGGGACCUGCAAGGAGAUACUCUUGGAGGGACCCCCGGGAUUGACGUCGCAGGUUGGCAAGGUGACACACACCCCCGGUUGAUUGACUGAUUGUAAAAUGCAUAAAUUGGUUUCCAUUUAUUAUGGGGGAAAUUGGUAGUGCUCAGAGUUAGUUAAUUUUUUCCAGAGUACACUGUUAGGAUACUUGUUUGGAGUGGGCUUAAGACAAGGGUGUGUCAUGUCACCAUGGUUAUUCAAUAUUUAUAUGGAUGGUGUUAUUAGAGAAAUUAAGGGCAAAGUUGGAGAAGUUGGAGUAGGACUGUUCGCUGAGGGAAGGAAGUGGGUACUGAAUUCGAUACUGUUUGCUGAUGACACGGUGCUAAUUGCAGAAAAUGAAAGUGACCUACAAAAUUUGGUCAGUGUUUUUGAUAGUGUCUGUAAUAGGAGAAAGCUGAAAGUAAAUGUCGACAAAAGUAAAGUGAUGGUUUGUGAGCGAAGUAGAAGUGAGGUUGUAGAUUUUGUAUGCCCAUAUAGAGUAGGAAUUGAAUGUGAAAAAGAAUGCAAAAUAAUUUUGAAUGGUGAAGAAAUGGAGGAGGUCAAUGAGUUUAAGUACCUUUGAUCAGUUACGUGUAAGCAUGGUGGUACGGAGGGAGAUAUAAGAGAAAGGGCAUUGCAAGGAAGAAGGGUGGUGGGGUCUCUGGGACGAAUCAUGAAUGGCAGAAGUGUGAGCAUGGAGGUAAAGAGGGAUUUGAGAAAUACAAUAAUAGUACCAACCCUCACAUAUGCAAGUGAAACGUUGGCCUGGAAUGAAAGCCAGAGGUCUAGAAUGCAGGCAGUGGAAAUGAGUUAUUUGAGGAGUGCUUGUGGUGUGAGUAGAAUGGAUGGAAUGAGUAAUGAGUGUAUGAGCAUUUUGGAAUGUGUCACAGGGGUGAAGGGAAGAAGUGUGGAGUGGUGGAAGAAGUGAAGCGACAGACUCCAAAGUGGUUUGGCCACAUGGAGCGAAUGGAAGAGAGUAAGAUGACCAGAAGGGUGUAUGUGAGUGAGAUAGAGGGAGGGAAUGCUAGAGGACGACUUCCAGUGAAAUGGAGGGAUAGGGUGCAAAGUACGUUGGGGAGAGGGGGGAAAG